AUGAAUUGCAAGUAUCGCCACUCUACGAAUUUGUCAAUUGAAAGAUAUGAAACAUUAGAUUUACGAAGGAAAAAAAGAAACAGUGAGGAAUACAUAAUAAACAAUAAGAAAAAAACACCAAAAAAUAUAGGACAAAACUUUGAUAACAAAGUUGCUAAGUGCAACAAAAACAAUUGGAAUAGCAACAAUUACAUAAACGUUAGACACGUUAGAAAAAAUCAUUUAAUUAAGUGCUCUUCACCUAUUAAACGAAUUAGAGCUCACAUUUUUUCUGCGAAAAGAAGUAAAGAAGGGAAAAACAUAGAAAACACAAAAAAUAUAAAAAUUAUUCCGUUAUUAUCAGAAAAACCAAAUUUAUGCGAGAAAAGAUAUUCUACAAACCACUCGGAAAAAGUGGUGACGCUUAAUAAUAAUGUAAAUAGAGAACUAAGUGAUACUGAUAGUAGAAGCAAUGGUAAUACUAACAGCAACAAUAAUAAUAACAGUAAUGGCAACAGUAACCACAAUAGCAAUGGUUCACACAACAAUGACAGCAUGCAUAUAAUUAGCAACAACGCUAAAUAUCGGCUUAGUUGCAAUAGCAGCAUAUAUUUAAAUGUUAAAAGCGAAAAAGAGAGGAGUCAACUAAGAAGUGUUAAACAUGCUAAUUCUAUUUUUGCAGAUAAAGUGUAUGAGGAUUUCUCUAAUUUGAGAAAAACAAAUGGUAACAUAAAGAAUGACGAAAGUGUGAAUGGUCCUUUGAAUAAUAAUACAAAGGAGAAAAGGGAAUAUGAAAAUAAAAAGGGAAAAAAUGACAAUAUGAAACAGAUGAAAAUGAGGAAGAAGGAGAUAAAACAGGACGUUAAUAAUAUGAUAAAUUUAGGUACCAUAUGUCGCAAAAAUCAUCCUUUAACAAACGAAGAAGAUGUUUCUAUAUCUGAAUCACAUAGUAACACCAUUUCAAGUAUCGAUCAGAACAAAAAUGCUUAUGAAACAUAUAAGGUAGGGCAUAAUGAUGAACUCGUAUUUAAUAAGAAAAGAUGUCUAAUUGUAGAUUCACCCAAUGACCAAAGUAUAGAGAAUCCAAAAAGUUGUGUGAAAAGCAAAGGUAAAGGCUUUGAAAGUGUAAAUUGCAGUAGCUGCACUAAUAAUUGUGUUAACUCAGGUGCCUUUGGCACGCCAUACAGGUGUAUUCGUAGUAGUUAUAGUGACAUUAGAAAUAUUAGUCGAAAUGAUAAUUCAAAUUUGAUGUUAUCAUUAGAGCAAAAUAAUAAUUAUAACAGUAAUAGUAGUAGUAGGAAUAGUAGCAGUAAUAGGAAUAGUAGUAGUAAUAGGAAUAGUAGUAGUAAUAGGAAUAGUAGUAGUAAUAGGAAUAGUAGUAGUAAUAGGAAUAGUAGUAGUAAUAGGAAUAGUAGUAGUAGUAGUAGUGGUAAUGAUAAUAAUAAUAGUAAUAAUGACACAUCUCUAAUAAACAGAGAAGAAAAAAAAGAUAAAGAAUUAAUACACAUAGAGAGCAAAGAAUGUUUGGAGAAGAACACAUAUGAAACGUUUUCAAAAUAUAAUUUAAGAUGUGAUAUAUAUAAUAUUGAUUUUAACGAACUAAAGAAUGAAGAAGAAAACAAUACUCUCAAUUCAGAAAAUUUAAUUGAGAACGUAAGGGAAAAUAGUAGCUUUUUACAUAAACCAUCUAUCAGCGGCAAGAAUGAAAAUAUAUUAUCAGACGUACCCAUAAAUAAUGAGUAUAAAUGUUAUAGUGUUUGUGGGUAUAAGGACAGCAAUUCGAAUAAAUCAGAUAAUUCGAAUAUUUCUAAUUCUUCUGAUAAUUCUAAAAAUCAUAAAACUAGAAAUGUAGAUACGGAAGAAAGGGAUAUUCAUUCCAUUGGACGUGCAGGAAGCAGCAUGUCUAAGGAUGACGUGGAAGUUGGUCAAUGUAAAGUCCAAGAUCACGUUUUACAUAAAAAAUUAAAUGGAAUAUUAAAUCAAAAAUUAACGGAUGAAACAGUAACGGAAAGCACUAAUAACACUUCCUGUGAUUUCAAUGAAAGCCCGUUUAACACGAGUUCAUCAAAAAUCACCAAAAAUUUAAGUAAUACCUACAAUGAUGAAGAAAAUGAAUUAACUGGAUUAAAUGAAAAAUCUACCUUAUAUAAACCUUCUCCAAAUAGUGCUGUAAAUAGUUUAAGCUUGUGUACAGACUCUUCUUCUACCAUGUCUGAUGGCUAUUUAUUUAUUGAUUUAAAUAAGAAAAAUUCUAAUACUAUAGAAGAGGAGGAAAAGGGAAAUAUACUAUCAAAUGCACAGAAAAAAAAGGAUUAUAAAUGUGUAAAUGACAUGAGUAAUUUAGCUUUCACUAAUAGUAAUGAAAGUAGUGUUAGCAAUGGCCUUGCCGUCAAUAAUAUCAGUCAAGUUAGCCAAACUAGCAGUGUCAGCGGUGAUCAUACCAAAGAAGUAAAUAGUGUCACUAUCAGUAGUUGCGUCAGUUAUGAUAAUAACAAAGAUGUAAGUAAUGUCACCAUCAGUAGCAGCGUUAGCAGUGAACAUAACAAGGAGUUAAUUAGUGGUAAUAAUGGCGACUCUAAAAAAAGCGUUAGUAGUAGUGAUAUCAGUAAUAACAAAAGAAAGAGUAGCUGCAGAAACAGUAGCAGUGGAUGCGGUAGUGAACCUUCAUCUGUACAAGGAGAAAGCAGUGAUAUCACUUGUAUAAGGGGGGAAAUUUUUCCCAAUCGAGCAAAUAUAAAGGAGAAGGAUAUGUUACAAAAAAAGACGAAUUUAAAAAGAACUUCAGAUUGUAACUUGGAUUAUAAUUUUAAAAAGAAAAUGAGAAUAGAAGAAUACUCCUUUAUUAACUUGAGCGUAUACAAAAAUAACCCCUCAGAUAUAUACAAAAAUAAUAGUUACAAUACAUAUAUAUUAAAAAGUAUCCAUAAUUCUUAUAUACAAAAUAAAUUAAAUGAUAAGAAUAUCAAAGUACAUAGCGUGAGGCCUCUCGGUGAACCCUCAUCUAAUACAUUUCCUGAAAAUACCAUUUUUACAAAUAAUGAAGACAAAUAUAACUUCGAUAAAGAAAGAAGCAAAUAUAGAGAAUAUGAUGAAGGGAGAAAAGGGAGUUUAACUAGUAACAUAAACAACGAAAUAGAUGAUAAAAUGAAAGGGACAAAAAUUAUUAUGCAGGAGUAUAGACAAAAAAAUGAUAUGAACAUUAAUUCAAGUGAAAGUGCAAAUGGUGACUCUAAUGGCUAUGUGAGUGGCAGUCCAAAUGAUUAUCCUAAUAACGAAUGGAGUGACUAUGCAUGUAACUAUCCGAGUGACUGUAUGAAUGACAAGUUAAACAAAAUUGAACAUAACAAAUUCUCCAAAGUGAUGAGUAAAACUGUUACAUGCAGGAAUAAUGUCAUUAAAGAAACAGCUUUCAAAGGAAUCUCCAAAAAUGCUCAAAAUUUGUCUAAUGAACAGAUAAAUUAUGUGAACUUUUUAAGAGACAACAAAUUUAACAAUUUUGAUUUGAAUUUGUGUGAUAUAAUAAGCUUAUUAGAAAAUGAAAAAAUUGAAGAUCUAUAUUCAGAAGAAGAAUUGAAACGUAUAAUAAUUCCCAUACAUGGUAUAUAUUUUGAUACUAACAGAAAAAGUUGGGUAUGCAAAUAUGACGAUAUUGUAAUAAAUGAAGUACCAAAUGGGAGAACAAAAUUAUUUUCCACAAGAAUUAAUUCUUAUCAUAAGUCAAGACAAUUAGCUCUACAACUAAAAUACAAUGACCUAAAGAAGAACUGUACUAUUUUUAGCAAUUUAAAUGUAGAAGAAAAAAUCUUUUUUAUGUCAGUUAAAUCGUUUACGACAAAUAUAAGUAAAGAAAAAGCAGGAAAGGAACAAAAACGAUGCACAAAUUCGAUUGUAAAUAAAGAACUAGAACAAAGGAAAUGGGUGACAGAAAAGGAAAUAGACAAGGAAUGUUUAGAGCAUUGUAUCGUUCAAGGAAAACAGGAGCGACAGAAGAAGAUGAAAGCUUCUAUAGCCUUACAUAAGGAUAAUUUAAAAGAAAUAGAACUUACAAAAAAUAAGGUAGAGAUAAAAGAAUAUUCUUCUAACGACAUAGUUGAAAAUCAUAAUUUUCUUGACACAACAACAAAUGAUACUUCUAACACAAAUGAAGAUGUAAAUUUGAACGAAACUUUAAAGAUAUUAAACAAAGAAGUGUCCCUUGAUUUGUGCUCAUCUUUACCAUAUAACUGCGUUAGUGUAAGCCUUUCUAGUAACAACCAAAUAAAAAAUGAUAGAAACGAUAAUAAUAAUGAUUACAGCACAGGAAUUAGUAACAACACAAGUAGUGCCAUAACUACUCAAAAUGAGAUGUACAUUUCAGUAAAUAAAUAUAUAAAAGGAAACAUUAAGAAAGAAAAUAAUGCAGAUGAUAAGAAGUACAAACAAUGUGAAAUUAAUUUUAAAACACAAACAUUUCUACAUAAAACACUAGGUAUAACUUUUUCAAAUGAUAUAAUAAAAAGAAUGAAAAAUUUACAGAAGGAAAACAUAUUUUACGAAAAAGAAAAAGAAAGAUGGGUUAUUAAAAUAAUUGACAAAAGGAGCAAUAUGUUAUUAUAUCUCAAAGAAUUUGAUUGUAAGGUGUUUGGUUUUGUGUAUGCCUGUAUUUUAACCAUAGAGCAUAAACAUUUGUAUGUAGACUAUUUUUUAAAUGAAAAAAACUAUGACUUUUUAAUGAAAUUAAUUCAAAAUAGCUCCUUAAAAAUAAAGAAAUAUACAAACACGAUGUUUCAUUCACCUGGUUUAAAUAAUAACAGUUAUUGUAACGAAUAUAAUAAGAACUUCUUUAAUGACAUUUUUCAGGAAAGAGAAACAAUAAAAACAAAAGGUGUACAUAAACAAAAUAAUCAAGGACCAAAUGAGUAUACCAGUUUUUCCUCUUUUGAAAAAGAUAUAACGUUAAGGAAGAUGCACCAAAAGGUAAAUCGAAUAGAAAAUAAUUAUGUGAAAAAGAAUUUAGAAAAAGGAAGUUCAAAAUUGCAUAA